AUGGAUACACUGCAAAAACGUCUAGGCCCGAUCUUCGCAUUCCCAUUCAGCCGCGCUUUGGCACCUCCAAGCUCUCCCAGCCCGGUCCAUGCCAACUUCCUAGAGCUCUGCGCUGGCGGCCCCACAGUCGACACACCGGAAGAUUGCACAGCAUACUUAGUACAUGUAAACAAACUCUCAGCAGGAAAAUGGAACGACGCAUGGAAUGAGCUCCUGCAUCCAGAUUACACCCUACCAAACUCUACGGAUGACUUCGACAUCAUAAUUCAGCUAUGCAGCGAAAUCGCUCAAAUCCUGCUCGACCACGGUGUCCUAUCCAUGGCCCGCAUAAUCCAAAAGCUUGAAGCGAAGAAAGUCCUCCGUCCAGCGGCGAAUAUACAAAGUGACCCCAAUGCACACGGCCUCGCCUUCAGCCUCAUCGGCUGGUUAUUACUCCUCUACGUUCCUGCAAAAAAGGCACGACCGAAUGAAAUGCAGGCUGCGGAACAGCGGAUCAGGUCUGGGCUCCGGUAUAAGGUGUCAUCGGAACUAGUAAACCGCCCCUUAGAUGAACUGCUUCGGUCCUUCGGGGAUAUUCUCCCUCGGCGAGAAGAGAGGCGCGACAGCGUAGUCUCAUCAACGGAUUUAGAAGAAGUCAGAGUGAAGCUCGAGGUCACGCACUUGAAUGCGGCCGCCUUGAAGACGAUGGCGAAUAUCCAGAUCCGGUGGGUUGAUACCCUCGGCGAGCACUUGGAGUUUAAUCCAAGUGAUGAGAAGGGUCCGACUGUUGGAGUUUUCAAGUGUCCAUCGUUUUGUCGGGUUUAUCAGAGUGAUAGUUCAAUUUUAGCGAUAGUAUUGAACAAAUUCUACGAAGACGACGAAAAGCCCACCGACAACUUCACCGUCGCGAAAAUGAUCAACGAAGUUAUGCUCUCCUACACCCUCCUCUUCAAAGCGGACCGUAAAGCCCGCAAGCUAUACCAAACGACCGAGCGGACAAAGGCUUCUCUCAUAAAACCAAAGAACGGCUGUAAACCCUACAUCGACCCCGUGCUCGACGAGCUCUGCGGUAACCACAUCUCCUCUUCCUUCUUCAGAUUCGGCGAACCAGUGCGCGAAUACUACGACUCCAUCACGGACUUUCCUAUAUUCAAGGACCGACUAAGGCGAAUCCAGGACUAUAUGCAGGGAAUUCAGCCUAAUCGGUUUGUGAGUCUUUGGCGGGAUCAGAGGGACUUGAGGCUCUGGUAUACUAUCUGGAUGGUGAUCAUAUUUGGCGUCAUUAGUAUUGUUAUUGGGCUAAUUGCGCUGUUUCUCACGGCGAUUCAAGUCGAUUAUGCGAAGAAGGCUUAUGAGUUACAGGUUAGCCAGGGGUAA